AAGCGCUCGGGCCCAUCUUGGAUUCGCUGACCUCUCGGUAUCAGUGUUCACUUGCCGGUGAUAUCCUGCAACGCUGGCAUAGAGCUUGGCGACUGGACGAAUUCGAAGGCGGGCUACGAGGAUGAACGCGACUCUAGACUUACUUGAAUUGAACUACUAUGACUUCCAGAUCCAAUUCACGUAAAUUGCUCGCUUGAAGGGUAAUCCGUUUCCAGGUAUCAUCUUUUCUUACAUACUCCUUUCAUCCCGGCCGGUACAUCUGGGGUACAUAUACGGUCAUCCACUCAUGUUGGCAGCAUCUCCCUUUGAGCUUCACUCCAUCUUCUUGAAUCAUCACGCCGGCCUCGGGGGCGGAAUAACUCUUUCAUUUUCACUUCUUAAUAAUAGUCUGUUCUGUGAGCUCGUGCCAUUUUACUAAUUGCACUUCGCUUACAGCCCCCUUGCAAAACUUCACUCCACAUUUGGCUCGCGAGUGGUAUCUUGCGACGCACGUCCAAAACUCAGCAUGGAAAGCUUUUCGAUGCCACCUAUCCCUUGCAUGAUUUCCCUUGGAAGCGAGCGAGCGUUACAAAGAGAUGAUCCCCAGGGUGAUUAUCUGGACAGAGUAAAUCAGCACCGCGGUCUACCUAUCUACGACUCGAAGAAAAAUGAUUCAUUUUAUGAAGACAGCCCUGCCUUUGAAAUGCCUAGAUUCUAUUCUGAAGAGGAGGGCGAUGAUACCCAAAUUUUACCUUCACAAAAGUAUGCACCAUCAAUGCCUGUAGCUGAUAAAAGCGGUCAUGUGGAUACCGGCCUCCCAUGCUUCUCUAGCGAGAGCAACCUGCCAGUCAAGCCUCCUGCAGCAUCACUUCCGGCUAGGUCUACGAGGAAGAGGAGUCUUACCAAUCUAUUCAAAGCGAAACCUGAAACCAUAAUUCUCGCGAUGAAAACCGAACUGAACCCUCCAGGAAUUGAACCUCCAGUUGCAACAUCUGUGCCGCGUACUUGUUCCACUCCCAAUGAAACGAACUCUCAGAUUUCCGCCUUGAUCGACGAACAGGCCAGUUAUCUCAAGAGGAUAGUCUUGGCCGAGCCAAACGUGGGUACUAUACCUAGCUCGAUAUGCCAAAGGCUCAACUUCUGCCAACGAGAGGAAGAAAUAUUCUACGAAAACGAGGUGUUAGCUGGUUCCUCGCUCUUAUCUACCGCGCAAGUGAUCCAGAUUUUAAAUCAAUACAAGCCAUCUCAUGAAGCAUCGCAAGCCUCGAUUUCAAAGGCCGCCCACUUAUCACAGGCCCGGACAAACCUCAAAACCAGAUCGGUCAAUCGAUCUAUCACUGUUGGUUAUCAACCUUGCAAAGAAGGUUUCACUGCCAAAGAUGAAAACAUAUACUACCAGAGGAUUUGGAAACAUCUCGAAAAUAGGGUUGAGGCACAUGACAGGAUGAAAUGCACGCUAGAAAUGAUCUCGGAAGAGGAGGAAAAUCGUGAAAACUUGAAAUAAUGUAAACCUGACUGAAUGAUAAUAUGGGUUGAGAUGAGCUCUUAAUUGUACAGUAGUGAAGAUGUUACCCAAAAUAAACUAAUAGCUAAUUUGAAGGCGCUUUCUUAAAAAAUUCUUUGCUCUAGAAAUUAAAUAUGGGGCAAAUUCUGC